AUGCCGGUCGAUGCGUUUAUCGGCGAAGGGCAAUUACUGCGGCAGGCCGCUCCCGGCACAGACGACGAUCUCGGCCAGGCGCCGCCAAAAGAUGAUCUUAAUCACUUUGUCGAAUCCCGGACCAAGCUUUACUCUAGCUGGAUUUCGGAGCGAUUCGCGAAGCUGCAAAACAAACAACAAACGACGCAGCCUGAGGCACCGCCUUCGACCGCGCAGCAGAAAACCGCGACUCCGGCCCUUGUCCCGCUCGACCUCCUCGAAAGACUCCAAACCGUGCAUCUCGCCUCCGAAGUCGGCCUCCAAGCCGUCUGGGUCCCGACGUUCGCCGCCCGAGAAUCGACCGAGGCGCACGCUAAGUUCAUGAGGGGAUGGAACAACGGCAGCGUGCCCAGCGUGCUGCGCGAGAAACUUCAGGGCCGCGGCCGGGAUAGCUUGUGCGUCGGCGGUCUCACGUCGCGGGAGCGGAUACGGCAAGUGCACGCCGUGCUGUCGCGCAAGGAUAUUCAGGCGUGGUACCACCCGCUACGCCUAUGCUACGACAUGAGACUGGUUCAGGAACGGGCCGCGGCCGGGAAGACAUCGAACGUGUUUGAGAGCCUGGACAGUCGUGGGCCCGUAACAAUGUGUGGUGUCAAGUUUAGCACCGGAGCUCACGAUGGUGGUAUACAGCGGUCCACGAUUGGCGGCCUUGUCAAGAUGAAUGGCGUAUUUAUGGCUGUUACCAGCGCGCACGGCGCCAGCUCGCGGUCGACGGACACCGCAGAAUCCCCAAGCGCGUCGGCUCCUUCAACGAAUGGUUCGGUCUCACUUCUCGCGGACGAUUAUGAUGCCGAAUUAGUUGAUCCGGUUAUCAUCUUGACUUCCUCCGAAGUGACGCUGGCCUCCGGCAUCUUCCCGGACGAAGGCUCAUGGCAAGUAGACAACGUCGUGGCGAGUGACGAGGUGAAAGACGAGAUUUUCAUCACACACUUUACCCGUAUGAUCACCGAGAAGCCUGUACGGAUCUUGGUAGAGCCCAACCGUCUCAGCAGCGGGACUCUUCGGCCCGCAACUAACUUCUUAGCGUUCGAUCUCGGUCCAUUGCAGGAGACCUGCGUGGUCACGCUAGAAGGCGAGCCCCUUCGCGACGGCGAUUCGGGCUCGUGGGUUAUCGAUGCUCUAGGUGGCCUUAUUGGCAUGGUUCGGGCGACUGUAGGCCGCGAUGUCUGCCUGCUGGAGAAUGUUCGCUAUGACGGACGAAAUAUGCAGCCCUUUGCCCUGAACCAAAAGAUGCUCGAGGCAUCUGCUCGUCAUGAGCCCCCAGAUCGAUUGGCUGCCGCUAUCCUGCACCUUCGAGAGACGUCGCCCGAAAUGUACGACACGGAAGCGCUGGCCGAUCUGCUCGUUACCCAAGGAAGCCGCUUGUAUGCGGUUCUCGCGGGAAAUUCGAGUCUUGCCCUCGCCCCCACAGACCCCGCGGCAGGCGUCUUGAAGGCAUUGCAGGAGGCCUAUAAGCGCCUCUACCCGCUCGAUGUCCUCAGGGCCUUUUCAGGGGUGUUGAGCGCGUUCAAUUCGACGGUGGGGGUCUUUACGGCCGACAUGCUACGAAAGAGCGCCAAUAGGUUACGCCGGCAUGACAACUACCUAAUCUGGGAUAUGGCAUGGCAGGCACUCGGGCAGGUCACGGACCCCAGCACGGUCGACGAGGCAUUGCAAGGUCUGGCUCUUGCAGCCAACGACGCAUACGAAGAAUACGUGAGCCGCGCCAAAAUAUCGUUAGUCCCAGUUCCCGAAGACAGGCCGGACUACCGUAUGGAAGGACUUGCCGCGAGUCUCUACUUUGCCGCACUGCUCGGUAUAGCAGGCACAGCACCAAUCAACUACGUGCUUGGCCGACGUGCCGGCCUCGCGCUAUUUGCAAUUUUUGUGUUUGCGGGCCAUUUUAUGUACAUGUUUGCUAAUUCACUGGGACUUCUUCUCGGCGCCCGCGUCCUGACCGGCAUCGGGCGGGUUGUUGGCACGACGAUGCACUUCGGUCUACGAAAUAAUGCCGGAGAGCAGGUCAGCGACCGGACAGCUUUCAUCCUCUUGUCCUUCGUCGUGCCCGUUCCCGCCAUGCAAGCACUUCGGGACGUUGCUUUCCUACUCGACCCUGGAUCAACCACCAAGUCUAAAAAGUACCACUCGUCUCGGAAUACCGGGAUAUCUCAACAUGCCAACGAUCCCGGAGCGCUGGAAGGCGCGGGUGCACCUGGCAUAUCGGCCGAUAGAGAUCAAAACACUCUUAUUGGCUUCGUACGCGGCGUCAAGAUGUUCUUAUGGACUGCCAAUUGUCGCAGGGCUCUAUAUGCAUCGGCACUGCUUGCCUUUAUUCAACCGCUUUGCGGAGCUCAAGCUGUGACAUCCUAUCCCGGAUUUGACUUCUCAGGUACCCAGAACCACCUGAUCUUGCAAAACACGCUGGCCGCACUCCUAUUUUCGUAA